UAAGCACUGUUAGUUUGUAUUUCAGCAAAAAACAUCUGAGAGUUGUUUAAACAGGCAUGCAAACAAAACACGCCCUGUGGUUGUAACCUAAUGAGUUAAGGGCCUUGAUGGAGUAGACCAGGAAGGGAGAAGACCGAAAGAAAGAUCGCACUUUGAAUGUUGACAGCGUACACGCAUUCUAGAUGGCAUAAGGACGAGAGGUGUCUCACUUUUUAUCUGACAUUUGUUAGCCACAAAAAUGGAUUUGUUAAGCAGAAUUUGCACUGCCGUGUUACCGUGGAUACUUGUGGCACAGGUUAUAGUAAUCAAAGAGUGUCAAACUGCCACAUUAUCCACAGGAGAAAACACCACGAUAACCAUUACAUCCUCAUUUCCAAAGGCCAAUUGCAGUGUCUGCGUUCUGAAAGACAAGCAAUUAACCUGUUCAUCUGAGCUCCGCCUCCAACCCAGAGAAAAUAGGACUUACAGCUUCAGCUGUCCAGAGCCCCAUAAAUUCUUCACCAUUGAAAUCAGCAAAAACACUGUUUGCAUUUCCAACUUUUGCUCCACUGAAGUUAAAGAACUACUGUCUUUGGCAUUCCCGAAGUUCAACAAUACUUUAAUCUGGGAUAUCAAUUUUUCUGAGAACAAAGCUCUAGUACUGGAUUUCUUGGGGUCAGGGCUGAGGCAGAUUAAACCGUCGGAGAGCUGUCCAGAUCACCUGACUUACAGCAUCCUCACUUACCUGACUGCUGAAAUACAAAGCAUCGGCACUUUCUGCAGGAGGGGUCCAGUUUCCAAAAUCCAAGUGGAUAAAGGAGCGAGGGUAUCUCUGCAGAUGUCAGGGAAAGAGGAAGUAGAUGAACCUGGUUUCAGUAUGGCCAUUGGUCCCCCAAUAAAAAAAUGCUGCAUAAUUGAAGUGAAGUUAUUGCCGGGGUCUUCCGUGAACCUGCUCUCCCCAAACUACCCACUGAGUUUCUCAGAUGACGACCUAAUGUCCUGGAUGUUUACAGUCCCUGAGAACAACAAAGCCAGCGUGCUUUUCCUGAACUACACCCAGCCGAACUGCAACAAGAAGAGUGAGAGGGUGGAAUAUGCAGUGGCUGGAUACCAGUCCACCAUUGGGAAGAGUUUGACUGAUCAGCAGCCAUCCUCCAUCCGUGGGAAUUUCGAAAUGCAGCUGGAGAACUGCAAAAUGGACAAGUCAGACCCUGGGAAACUGUCCUUGGAGUUUCGAGUUGAAGCCUUUAAUGACAGCCAACAAAAUCAUUUUUGGAUUGACUUGCAAAAAGAAAAAGGGAUCAAUGUUACGAUAAAGCAGAAGAAAGUGAAUCCAAACUGCCAGAUCUGUGUUGGUACUGCUUGCCAGCCGGAGAUCACGCUACAGUCUGGAAAGAAGACCAAAGUCAUCUUCAAGGACUGCAACCUGGAGGAACUUGGCAUGGCGGUCACCAAAGACAUAGGUUGUUAUAACUGGGAGGAGUGCCCUGUAAAGGAGAUGCCCCUCGAAGUGCCAAUUUCCCUUGCCAAACUGCAUGUCCCCCUGGAAAGCCUUACCUGGCAGCUGAGGGCUCCCACCGCCAGCACUGUGGUGCUGAGCCCUGGCAAAGCUAAGCUGAAGUACCUCCUGCCUGGGGACAAAUGCAGGGAGGGCUUCUACUACAGACUGGUGGAGGAGGACGAGUCUGAACUGGGCAAGUUCUGCCCUCAGGGAUCCAUCGAGAAAGUCCAGAUCCACUCCAAUAUCUCUGUGGUACUGUUAGCCAUCGGCAACCACAGCCAAAUACUGGAACCCUUUUUCAAUGUUACCUUCGAAAAAGAAAUCACAGAGAGCUAUAUAUUCACUGUUUCCCCUGAACUGGGCGUCAUGAGCUACCUGGUGACCCCUAAAUGGCCUGAGGGGAUGGCCCCCUUGUCCUCAGUGUCUUGGAAGGUUUCAGUGCCGCCGGGCCACAUGGUUCAGGUCAGCUUCCUCAAUGCCACCCAGCCGGAGUGCCGGCAGUCCCACACCAGCGUCUCCAUCAAGGGGCAGAGCUCUGUGGAGGAGGAGCUCAGUCGCAGGGAGGACGAGCUGUUGCCCGAGCACCAGACCAUGACGGAGGACUUCUGGCUCAACAUGUCCAAUUGCAAGCCUGAGGCCACCAAGAAGACUUUCAAAGUGAUGUGUCGGGUCACGCUAAUAGAGAAGCGAAACGACCUCAUCAUGAAAAUCGCCAUUGGAACUCUUUCAGCUGUUUUGGUUAUUGUGGCUUUUAUUGUAAUUAUCAGCUGUGUUAUGAAAAAAAAGAAGAAAAAAAAAAUCCAGACAUCAAUCUAUAAUCCAAAUGUGAACACCUUUUUUCCCGGGCACCCGCUGUUCUCAAAAGGAAGGCGAGACAAUGACUCUCACGUAUACGCUGACAUAGACGAGACCAUGAUGUACGGGCAGCUGCUGAGAGGGCCUGGCAUGACACCCCUCCCAGAGGUGGACGUCUACCGGCCUUUUGAAGGCCCUGUUGGAGACAGGCCCCCCACUCCCCCCCCUCUCUUUAACCGGGGCAAGUCCAAGGCGGUCGGUCCAGAGGUGGAUGUCUACAGGCCUUUCUUAGGUCCAGUUGGAGACGAACCACCCAUUCCCAUUUUUAACCGGGAAGCCAGCAUGCAGGCAGUGGUGGACAGUAAGUUGUACACGUUUCAACAACACGAGCAAGAGGCAGAAACACCAGGCAAUGAGGAUGAGCUGCCACUGCCUCCUGCUGACGAAGAAAUGGACCAGAAUAAGGAGGAGUCAAAAUGAUGCUGGACAUCCAAAGAUGUCUAAUAUCUUCACUAUUUAGAGCCUGGAUAGUACAGCACUGCUUUAUUUGUCACACUCCUAUAUUAUGGUGCUGUUCUAACUGAACAGAAUUCUGUGUUGGUAAAGUGGCUACCUUGUUUCAUUAACCACCAUUCACUGAAUUUUUUAAAAUAUGAUUUAAAUGUAUGUAUAGAAGCAACACUGUUUUUAUUAUUAUUUUAUUAUUGUUAUUAUUUUAUAGAAUCCAUUCUUUUGAGUCUUAAGCAGCAGUGCAGGAAACUCGGUCAGCCUCAGGGAAAGGUGUGUCCUUGGGUCAGAUGGGCCAAAUGCAGCUUUGUAUUAUCACUGUUUACAAAGGCUGUUAAAUAUGACUUUUAGUUAUUAUUAUUAUUUGUAUAUUUAGAAGACGCCUUUAUCCAAGGCGACUUACAGAAACUAGGGUGUGUGAACUAUGCAUCAGCUGCAGAGUCACUUACAACUACGUCUCACCCGAAAGACGGAGCACAAGGAGGUUAAGUGACUUGCUCAGGGUCACACAAUGAGUUAGUGGCUGAGACUAGAGAAUAGAAUUAUAUUGCAAAAGACUUAUUGUGGAAACGUUUGCCUUUUAUGCAGUGGCUUCCCUGUUCUCAGGUCCGUUGUGGAAUCAUGGGUGGUUGUUAUAACUAUAUUGUUGAUGGCUGUGUUUUGAAAAACUCUCAUAGCUAUGACACUGUUUUGGGGCAUUGUGGCCCCAAUACUAGGGCAUACAAUCUUCAAUAUGAUGGCUGAAAGCACUCACCCUUGAAUACCUACCCUAAAUACAUAGCGUAUAUGAUCUUAAUUACCAUAUCAUCUUGUUUCCUUGUGCAGUUCAAUAUGGUCAUUUGUAUUAACAACUGGCCUCCAUGUUUUUUUCUUUUUAAACCGGUAUUGUUAUCAUUCCUAUGUUCUGAGAUGGAAUUAGCGUUCCCUUCCCAGUGAACAUUUUGAUGUAGUUUCACUUUGUUAUAUAUUCAUCUAUUUUCUAUGUUAAAAAAAACAAACACAUUUGUAUAUUUGUCAUAUUGUUGUUAGUUGUGUGUUUUUUCUUGUUUUAAAUAAAGUUUUUUAUAAGUGCA